GAAGAAGAAGAAGAAGAAGAAGACGGAGAAGAAGAAAAACAGGGCGGGAGCAACAGUGACGCAUUUCCGGUAUCAUGUCAGCCUUCUGCUGAACCCUCAUGGCUGAAGCUGCCGUUUUUAAAUUUUUGUUUUUUCUCUUUAUAGUUUAAAUGAUAUAGUUUUAAGGAAAUAGCAAGAAGAGAGAUGGCAGAUGUACCAGAUAAAAGUCGUGCCUUAAAGUUUGCAGAGAAGCAGCUCCUGCGUCAUGGCUGGGAACAGGGUAAAGGACUGGGGCGAGCUGAGAACGGCAUAUCAGAAGCUAUCAGGGUCAAAGUGAAAUGUGGAAAAGGAGGGGUCGGUCAUAAGGAAGGGGAGCAGUUCACCUUCCACUGGUGGGAUCAUGUCUUCAACAAAGCCUCGGCCAGCCUGCAGGUGGAGUCUGAUCAGGAUGGUAUCAAGUUGAAGAAAACUGUUGAGGAAGAUGAAGACGUGGGGAUGAUCUCCAAUAAGAAGCCACGAAAAGCCACGCUAGCAAGAGACAAACUUUAUGGAUGCUUUGUCAAGUCAUCCACGCUGGUAUCUGGUCAGGAACAGCCAGAGCCGAAACCGAAGCCGAAUUCCUCCAGCUCAGACGACAGCAGCAGCUCAGACGAGGAGGACGACCAGAAGUUGGAUCUCUCCAGCACCACGAAGCUUUCUGAUGCUGAUCUAAUGAAAGCUUGUGGAGGACGCACGGCUCACAAAGGAGCCAGGCAUGGCUUGACAAUGAGCGCCAAGUUGGCCAGACUAGAGCAGCAGGAGGCCGAGUUCAUGGCUAAGUGGGGCAACAAGAGCCAACCAACAAGUGCUCCCCCUGUCUGUGUUACACCGACUCCACCGACCUCCCAGUCAGCUGAGAAGCAGGGGGAGGCAGUGGACUUUCACAGAGAAAAGAAGAACUCCACUGAGAGUGCUCAAGAGCCAAACGAUGUAGGGGUGUCUGAAAGUACUGAAACAGAUGUUAAACCCAAAAAGAAAAAGAAGAAAAAGAGAGCCACUGAGGACACUGAGAAAAUAACGGAUACAGUUUCAACUAAAGCGGAUGUGAUCUGUGCAGAAAACAGGGAAGCAGAACUUUCUCCAAAGAGGAAACAUAAAAAAAAGAGAAAGAAUGCAGAGCAAAAUGAAGACACGUCUUCACCUGCAGCAGCAGAGGUCGAGAGUCCAGAGGAGGCUGCUGAGAUGCACACUGACGUAAAAGUGAAGAAGAAGAAAAAUAAGAAAUCUUCCAAACAACACAGAGAAGCUGCUGAGAAAGAGGAGGGUCACGAUACAGAGGACUGCGCGAAAAAAACCACAAAAAAGAAAAGGGCUGCAGAUUUAUUUGAGGAAGCUGAAGUAAAGGAGGAAGAAGCUGAAGUAAAGCAGAAAAGAAAAAAGUGCAAAAAGGACACCUCACCUGUAGAUGACAAUACAAACGAGGAGGAACUUCCCCUAAAGAAGAACAAAAAGAAGAAGUCAAAAGUGUAGUAAUCAAACGUUUGGACAUUGAUAGCUACUUGUCUAGCUAUUUUGGGGAUGUUGGCUUACCCUUGUAUCCGGUAUGGGUACUCAUGUGCCAAACAUUGACUUUAUAGAGGCUUCCGGAUUUGAUUUGAGAAAAUCUGACUUGAAACCAGAUAAUGACCUCCAUCAGGAUUGUAUGCAAAUAGGUUUUUCAAUCAAUAUUGUCUAAUGAAUGUAUGCCUCCCUGUUCCAAAAAUAACUGAGCAUAUAAGGUAAAUGUAGUAAUUUGCUGAUGAUGCAGACUUUGUAAGACUGUUGAUUUUAAACAUGAAAUGUGUUAAUCUGACUCAGUCUGGUCUUUUAGUUUGAUGCUACAGGUCAAUUAUUUGAAGAGUCAGUGCUCUGCUAAGACACGCAGUGUUUCAGUCCAGCGUUUCCAACAGGUGUGGAUGUGUGUGUUAGAUGGGACAAAAAAGUAAUAGUAAGCUGCCUGUGUUGACCACUAUGUAAAAUAUGCAUUUGGUUGAAAAUGUAUAUGAAAUGUAAGGAAUACACUGUCAUUUUAUGCAACACGUAUUCCUUCUUCGUAAUGGUGUUUGACAAGUGUGUCAUUAUUCUAUUGACAAAAUAAAGUACACAGAUGAA